AGAAGAGUCACCGUGAUCACCACCACCGUCGGAUCAAAACCAAACCAUGUCAACGGCGUUGAUCAACUCUCUCACCUACUACCUCUCCGAACAUCCAUACAUCGUCGGAUUCCGUUGGAGCAACAGCCAAUCAUGGGGCUCCACGUGGUCUUUCCUCUUCACCUCUAUCUCCCUCUACAUCGCCGUCUCCUCCACCCUCCACAUCCUCCUCUCCGCCGUACUCCGCCGUAAACGUUCCGUUCCUUUAGGCCACAUCCCCGAAAUCCACAGCCUUCUCAUGUCAAUCCUCUCCGCCACGAUUUUCGCCGGAAUCCUCCUCUCCGCCGCCGCAGAGAUCCGUGACACACGGUGGUUAUGGCGGCGGAGCAAAACCGCCACUCCUCUCCAAUGGCUACUCUGUUUCCCUCUCGGGACUCGUCCCUCCGGUCGUGUCUUCUUUUGGUCGUACGCGUUUUACCUCACGCGCUUUCUCCACAUGUUCCGUACGAUCUUCGCCGUUUUACGUCGCCGGAGACUCGCCGUGUCUCAGCUGUUUUGUAACUCCGUCAUGGCAUUCACGUCGUUCCUUUGGCUCGAAUUCUCGCAGUCGUACCAGAUUCUAGCGAUUCUAUCGACGACGCUGGUUUACUCUGUGGUUUACGGUUACAGAUUUUGGACCGGGUUUGGUUUACCCGGUUUGGCUUUCCCCUCGUUUGUGGUGAAUUGUCAGUUGGUUCUCGUGGGAUGUAAUCUCGUGUCUCACGCAGGGGUUCUUACGAUGCACCUCUUUAAAGGUGGAUGCAAUGGGAUCGGCGCGUGGGGUUUAAACUCGGUUCUCAACGGUGCGAUUUUGUUGCUUUUCCUUAACUUUUAUGUGAGAAUGCAUUCUCCAAUGCGACGCCGUAUUAAUAACACUUCGCCGGAGCUUGAUCUACAAGCCAACGUAACGCUUAAGAAUUAACUCAAUAAACCAGAUUGGAGUAA